AUGAACGAACCGAUAAGCACUGUAACCAGCGUCGAUGGAGCGACAUCAUAUAUGUUGAGCGUCUUACAACAACCAAAGACAUCUCGAGCUUGUGGUUACGGGGAGAAAGCCUUUGAACAGCGCCGGCCAAUCGACCCUCCUCCUAUUAUAGAGCUCCACAUUUUCGAUAACUACGCCCAAGAAGAAACUCAAGUCCAAGUGUUCGGAACUUUUUUUCUCGUCGCGACAAUAGAAAGCGUCAGUCCCUACGAAAAACCCGCGCAAAGUUCGAACGAUGAACUUAUGAUUGGAAUUUCUGUUUCUCAUAUGCAGUGCCCGAGCCUUGGUAAAAGUGCAUUUUUUGUCUUCCCGGACCUAUCAGUCCGCCGUUCGGGAUCGUAUCGCUUAACGUUCACCUUGUAUAGCCUCUUUACGGAUUACCUAAGUGCUUUAAGUGGCUUCUUUCCCAUUCUCGGCGUAUAA